GCGAGUCCGCAACUCUUAAAGAGGACGUUCAACCAGCUAAACAAAGCUAGCGUUAGCUUCUCUUUCCUCUCAAAGUUUAGUGUCAGGGCAAUUUAUCCUAAAAUUCACAUUUAACAAUUUAAAUAGGCAACGGACAUACAACGAUAGUCGAUAGUUGUUAGCGUAGUUGCAUUCAAAGCAUGACGAGGGACUUUUUAACUUUUGUAAUUGUGACCGUUGUAGCCAAGGCAAGCUGUAAUGGUGGGGUUGUUUCUAGUUAGCUAGCACCGCUUCGUUGUAUUGUGAAUAGUUAUGGUUAACAGAUUUAUAACAUCGCUUAAAUAAAGGAAUAAACAGCUCACCAAGAGAGUCGUCCAGUCUAUCGAUGCGAGCGGUGCACGCUACAUCAACAGGCUGUGGUCAUGUCUAUUGAUUUUGACAGCGCUGCUCUUCAAACCCAGCAUGAUGAAGAGGAAUAUGACCAGGAGGACUAUGCGAGAGAGCAAGAGUUGCAGAAACUACUCACAGACCUGCCUGAUGACAUGCUGGAGGACAGCAGAGACUCCUCCCCAGAACUGGAGUACUCUGCCUGCAGCAAUAAAAACACAGGCAACAGCCCUCAGUCCACGUGGACCCAGCAAUGGUCAGUCCAUCCAAGGCCAAUCUCACAUCAACAGGAUGAGUAUGCUUAUGAGGACGGUGCUGUUCAGAUCAAUGGACAUCUUAGUCACACUCAAGGUCAGCCUCUGCCUCACAUGUGGAAUCAGCAGUCCCAGGAUCAUUCCUUCACCCAAGGAGAUUAUACGUACACCAGCAUCGGCACAGAAAAAGAGACAAGUGACUUCUCCACAGACAUUAACAACCAUGCAGUGUAUUAUGAAGGGGGAAGACACAGUGAUAACCAAAACUAUGGGGAACAAAAUGCAAGAAACCAUUUUCAGAAUUUAAGGUCAGCAGCAGGGGACAGAGUUGUAGACCAGUACAAGGCCAGCUACAAUCCCCACCAUCCACCUCAUCAACCAAAGAUGUUUAACUCCCAGCCUCCUCACCAACAAGGCCAACUUGAUCACCUGCAAAGAGAAUUCCUUGACACAACAAAGCAAACUGCUGAUAAAGAGCAGCUCGCUCAGCUGCAGAUUUUAAACAAAGCUCAGCAGAGGCAAAUUGAAGAUUUGGAGCAGAAACUGGAGGAUUCAAGGCGUAACAUGAGAUACCUCGAGCAUCAGUUUGCAAUUACCAAAGAUGAAAAGGAUGGCCUUGGAGUAAGUCUAAAAGAAUCGAGUGGAUUGCUUGAGGAGGCCAAGGUAAGGGAGGCUCAAAUGCAAAACAAGCUGAAGGCACUGGAGCAGCAAGUACAUGUCCUUAAUGAGAGAGACCAGGAGAACAUGAAGAAACAGAGAGUGGCAGAUUCUGAAGUGGACAGCAUGAAGCAGCAGAUGUUGGAGCUUUGUCGUUCUGAUACUCUGUCCAGAGUGCGGGAGCAACACGACAGAGACCUAGCUGUCUUAAAAGAGCAGCAUGAAUCUGCAUUGUUAACACUGCAACAGAAGUUAGACUCCACCAGUCAGGCUCUGAAUAAACAGAUUGAUGUUAGUCAGAGGUUUCGGGAGCAGGUGAAGCAGCUGGAGCGCCAAAGAGAAGAAGAGCAACUGGAGAGAGCCCGUGUUGUCAACGCUCUCACUCAGCGUUUGGAGGAGAGUCAGAAACAGUGUGCCCAGCUGCUGCAAAACAGUUCAGUGCAGGAAUUAACCCAGAUUCAAAUAAAACUACAACAGGCUCAAUCAGCGAAGGCACUCAGUGAAAACAUGAACAAAGUCUUACAGGAGGAUCUGUCUGAUUUGAAGGAGCAGAUCACGCUUUAUGAAUCAGCUGUGAAACAUGGAGUUAUUGCAUUAGACCUUAGCAAUGACUGGGACAACCAGCUGUCUGAGUCCUGUGUGGAUUUAGGGUUAAAAAAAACAAAGAGGAAAAAUGGCACCCUUCACAGCACUGCCCUGGCUCACCUGUGUGACUCAAAGCUUCCCAAAGAUGAAGCUUUGCGGCUGCUGAGAGCGGAGAUGCAGCGCUGCCUGGCGAGUUUGAAGGGGAAGCGACAGAAGAUCAGUCAACUGCAGGAGGAGCUCCAGCUCAGUCAGAGUCAAGUGAGCGAGCUGCAGACCCAGUUAGAUGAAGCAAAGCUUUGCUCUUCAAUCAAGGAGACUGGCCAGAUAAAACAUCUAGAUCUAAGCGGGGAGUCCCAGAAAGAGUUCAUGAAACUACAGGAGGACAAACAACACUUGCAGGAACAAGUAGAGGUGUUGGAAAAUAAGAAUAAGGAGCUGAAACAGAGUGAGGAGAAGGUGAGGUCUGCCAAUGCUGAGCUUUGCACCAAGAUGAGAGAGAUGAUCCAAGAACUGGACCAGGAGAAGCAGGAGGCAGCUGAGAGGUCUGAACGGAUUAAUCAGCAGUACAGGGAUGACGUGGUAAACGGAAUCAGAACAGAUCUCAUGCUGGAACAUGGCGCUCAGAUUGAACGCCUAACGGCACAGCACCAGGAGCAGAUUGAACAGCUACGGACCCAGCUGUCUGAGACUAACGAUAAGAUGCUGGCUGUGCAGGAGUGUUACAUAUCUGUGUGCAAAGAGAAAGACAUGCUUGAAGAAAACAUACACAACUGGGAGGAGAAGGUGGAGACUUUGAAAAGAGAGAAAGAGCAAAAGCUGCGAGAAGAGACUGAUUCAGCUGUAGUGAAACUGAGGGCAGAGCUAGAAGCUCAGCAUCAGGCCUCAUUAAACCAGCUUAAGGAUGUGUGGUCACAAGAGAGAAAGAAAGAACUGCAAAAGGUGGAGGAAACCUGGGCCCAGAGGCUGGAGGAGACUGGAAGAGAGAGGGACAGAGAUAGUGCUGAGACGGCCUGUCAGACAGAUCAUUAUGAGGACAGCAAUGAGACAAUUACUGUUUCUGAAAUGGACUUGAGGCUCAGUGCCCAGAAACAACAGUUGAAACUGGAGGCUGACAAAGUGAAAUUCAAAGCUGUGGAGGAAGCCAGAAAAAAAGUUCAGAGAGAGCUGCACGAGAAACACCUGGAGGACAUGGCCAGACAGGUCGAAGGUGCAGUAACCAGAGCCUACAAUCGCUGGAUUGAGGAUUUGACUUCACUGCCAGAAUACCAAGCUGCACUCCAGACAGAAAGAGAGAAAUGGGAACAACACAAAGAACAACAGGUAUCCCUGGCCCUGAAGGAGGCAGAGGAGCAAUGUCAUAAGAAAUACAGGAAGGAGUUAGAGGAACAGAGCUCUGGGACUCAGAGGAUGGAAGAGCUCCAAGAGGAGGUGGCAGCCCUUCAGAGCCAGCUGGAGCAAAUGAACAGAGAGCAAACUGCCCUACUGAAGGCUGAGCUGGCUGGAGCUAGAGCAGUCUGGAACCGAGACAAACAGCAGGAGGUCUCUGUCAUCAAGGCCUGCACUGAGCAGGUGUACCAAAACAAGCUGCAAGAGCAGCGCAAAAAGCUGGAGUUUUCUUUGCAGCAUGCCAGGGAGGAGGCUGACCUUCAGAGGAAAGAGCUGCUGCUGCAGAUGGAGGCCAAGCUACAGCAAACUUUACAGGCCAGAGAGGAGGAAUGGAGAUGUCAGACUGCAGAGAGAGAGCAGGCUCAGAGACAAAAGACAAGAGAGGAAUUUGUAGCAGAGCUUCAGACUUGUCUGACAGAGAUUGAGGACAAACUUCACAGGGAUCCCAAAACAGAUCAGCAGGUGAUUGAUGGCACCAGGAGAAGCACUGGGGCGUCAUCAGAUGACACAAUUGUACAGAUCAUCCAAACAUUCUGUAAAGGAACAGUCCACAAAGCAGUAUCUCAAGCCAAAAAGGAGUGGAAGAAAAUAAGUGAGGAGAGACUGAGUAAUGUGAUAAAGGAAACACAGCAACAACAUGAAAAAGAAAUCAACAAAAUUCAAAGCUGUUUGUCUCAGAGGAAAGAGCAAGUUUGUUGCAGGAAAGAAUGCACUGAAGCUGUAAGUAAAGUGCAGAAGAAGAAUCAGGAACUCCAGAGAAAUUUGGAGAAAGCCUGUCGACAGUUCCAGCACAGCGUUAGAGAGCACAAGACUGCCAUGCAGCAUCUGAAAGAUGAACAUGAAAGCAGCUUACAAAAGGCGAAGGAGGAACAUCUGAAGCUGCUGGAGGAAGUGAAGAGAGCUAAAGAAUCAGCAGGAAGCUCUGAACAGCAACAGAAUCUUCAGCAAGGGUUGGAGGAGAUGAAGAAGCAAUACCUGAUGACUGUGGAAAAGAUCAGAGGAGACAUGCUGAGGUACCUCCAGGAGAGCCGGGAGCGAGCAGCAGAGAUGAUCCGUACAGAGGUGCAGAGGGAGAGGCAGGACACGGCCAGGAAAAUGCGGCGCUAUUAUCUGACUUGUCUGCAGGAGUUACUGGAGGACGGAGGAAAGACUACAGGGCAAGAGGCUGUAAUUGUUCUAAACUUGUUAGCUUUCCUCACCCUUUCUUUUUGUGGUAAUUGUAUUGAUCCUUCUGUCUUCUGUAGAGCUGAAAAGAAAAUAAUGAACGCUGCAAGCAAGCUGGCAGCCAUGGCUAAAGUGCUGGAGACCCCAGUCAAGAGUAAAUCUGGAAAGAACUGUUUACAAAGUUGUUUGACAGCUGCUGACUGCCCUCCAGGUAGACACACAGGUUCCACUAAGACCCCGUCAACACUGCCUGAACUUCCUGACAUUAGGCCUGAGGACGCAUGCCAGAGGGAAAAGACAUCUGCAGAUUCAGAGCAGAAACAAACCACUGCAGCAAGAACUAAACCUUUAAGUCACCAGGACAUUUCUGCCUCCAGGAAGGGGGAGGCCUCAGGAUAUCCAGGGCUUAAAAUCCAAACUUCUUCUCACUCACACCCCCGUCCUUUUAAACCUUUUCAACAGAUCCCCUCCUCAUCCCAGGUGGGUUUUGUGGAUGCAUCUGUGAGGAGUAAGAGCAGGGAGCUGUACCUGCAGGGAGAUAACCCCAAAGACUCACAGCAACAGCCACUGGUUAUUUCAGAGGCUCCUGUCAGAGACGAGAGAUGGGCUGACUGGAGCAUGACCAGCAGUGACUCAGAAAUAGGCUUUCAGGUUUCUAGACUUUCCAACACGGGAUGCAAAGUUGAAUCUGUGAAGCUUAUUUCUGUUUCUUCUACAUCAGCUGGUGACUUGGGAGAGUUUGGUGGUCUCACUCCGGACGUUUCUGAAUUGACUGUAUAUAAUGAAAUCCCCCAAAGGACCCCUCAGAUCCAGAACUUUCCCAAUACAAAGCUGAGUUUACACAGAGAGCCUACCCCUGGCUCUGAGAGUGAGAAGAACCAGGGAGUUUGUUCACGGCCUGUUUUCUCUGAGCUGAGGCAGCGGCAGCAGCAGGACAGUGGUUUUGACAGUCCUUUCUACCAACACAAGUGACAAAAUGAAGGGCAGGCAUGAAGUGAGGUAGGGAAACAUGUUCAUAUCUGUUACAACCUUUUCAGUUAUCUCUACACAUGGUGCCUUUAAUGUUGUGUUUGAAGUUUACAUAAUGUAGAACCUUUGGUCUGGUAGCUACCUGCAGUGUUUGUGUGAAUGUGACUUAGGAAAUGAUUGACUUUUUUGCUAUAAAUCCUAAACAGAGAGCUGUUGCAGUGCCUUGGAAUCAACAAGUGCCUUUUGUAGGAAAGGUGUUGAUGAGUUCAUUGUUAUUUCACUUCACAAACAUCUUCCAGUUUUAGCAUAAAUGCCUCAGGUUUGUCUUCUCAAUUGUGUGUUUUCUUAGGUAUAACACUUUCAUCACGAGCCAGUGCAAAGAAAAACACUUUGAGAUCAAACACAGCUGUGCUGCCAACACUGUAACCUGUUAACACUUAAUAUGAAAUAUUGAGGUCCAACCCUGAUACCAACCUACUGAAAUCUAGACAUGGUUCAUGUUAAUACAGAGCUUAUGUCUCUCUGCUGUGCUGUUUCCCUCUCUCUGUGAUCAGAGCCAUUAAAAUUUGUGUGUGUCUGUGCUUUUGUGUUAUGAAAUAUUUUAUAUUA